AACGUUCACUACACUGUUGAUUCAGUCUCGCGCGAUCGACUGAGGCAACAACAUGCUUCUCCUACUUAUUCCAAUUGUGCUCGUGCUCUUAUACUACUACACCACCAGGAACCACGACUACUGGGAGAAACGCAACAUCAAGCAUGAGAAACCAAUACCCGUAUUCGGAACGCUGUACAACAAUGUAUUUGCCAAGAAAAGCAUCACAGAAAUAUCCGUGGAGCUAUACCGUCAGUAUCCCAAUGAGAAAGUUGUGGGCAUAUACAGAGGAACCACACCAGAACUCAUCAUCCGAGAUCUGGAUAUAGCAAGGAAGAUCCUGAAUGUAGACUUCGCAUAUUUCUACCCCAGAGGAUUGGGCAGGAACCCUAAAUAUGAACCUGCAUUUCUGAAUAUCUUCCAUGUUGACGGCGACACGUGGAAAUUGUUACGACAGCGUCUAACAUCAGCGUUCACGACCGCCAAACUGAAAAGCAUGUUCCCACUAGUUGUGGCGUGCGCUGAGAAACUGCAAAAUGUCGGUGAAGACAUCGUGAACAAAGGCGGAGACUGUGACGUGCGCGAGCUGAUGGCGCGGUUCACCACGGAGUUCAUCGGCGCGUGCGGCUUUGGUAUUCAAAUGGACACCAUCAACAACGAGCACUCUCUCUUCAGAGAUUUGGGCAGAAAAAUGUUCAACAGAUCGUGGAGAAAUUUUGUCCUCGUACCACUCUACGAUUUGUUUCCCGACUUCAGAACAGUUUUUCAAAAAAUAUUGCACGAGCCGUUCUUGCUGGAUUCCAUGGCCGAGAUUGUUCAAAAUAUUCGCAAACAACGUAACAAUAAACCCAUUGGGCGAAAUGACUUCAUUGAUUUACUUUUAGAAGUAGAAGCCAAAGGCAAGAUGACAGGUGAGUCAGUGGAGAAAAGAACUGCAGAUGGAAAGCCAGUGCAAGUGGAAAUGGAUAUGGAUCUGACAUGCAUGGUGGCACAGGUGUUUGUGUUCUUCGCAGCAGGUUUCGAAACUUCUUCAUCGGCGACGAGUUUCAUGUUACAUCAGUUGGCAUUCCACCCAGAAGAACAAAAGAAAAUUCAGGAAGAUAUCGAUAGGGUGCUUGCGAAGUACAACAAUCAACUGUGCUAUGACUCAAUCUCUGAAAUGAAAGCAUUGAGUAACGGCUUCAAGGAGGCAAUGAGAAUGUUCCCCUCUCUGGGCACCUUACACAGAGUGUGUGCAAAGAAGUACAAGAUCGAAGAGUUAGGCAUCACAAUCGAUCCAGAUGUUAAGAUCAUCAUCCCAGUGGAAGGUAUUCAAAAUGACGAAAAGUAUUUCGAAAACCCCACUCAGUUUAAACCGGAUAGGUUCAACGAUCCGUCUGAGGAGAGACAUAAGUUUGCAUAUAUGCCCUUCGGUGAAGGACCUCGGCAAUGUAUCGGUGCUCGGCUUGGUGAAAUGCAGUCACUAGCAGGACUUGCAGCAGUUCUGCACAAGUUCAGCGUCGAGCCGGCAGCGACCACCAAAAGGUACCCCGAGGUGAACCACGGCAGUAAUACGGUGCAGUCCAUCAAGGGAGGACUGCCACUGAAGUUGACUCUGAGAAACAAAUAGACUUUCAUAAAACUCCUCAUGAUGUCCGCCAAUGCUUCAUUUGUGUAAUUUACCACUUCAGUAUCGCACAAAGCAGACACAAGAGUCAAACAAUCGGUGUGCAUCAAACAAAAAACUCAUGUGACAGGGAAAAUUAUUAAGAGCUCACCAUUUUUUGGAACCCGUAGAAUAAAUCAAGUACGAAUCGAUCCAGACUUGAAUAGAAUACUCCUAUCAAAAAUAGUAAGGGCUCCGAAAACCAUAUAACCAUAUAAAAUUGCUUUAGCCCUUAAUCAUUAGCUCUUAAUCGUACCUAAAUAGAUAAUUAUUAUUGUAAAAUAAAUCAAUAAAUACUAAGAUAAA